AUGGCUCGACUAUCUUCAGCUUUUCUCCUGGUCUUGUCGACAUUGACAGUCCUUUCGCUCGCUCUCGAGUUCACACCUGGCUCCUCUUGUGCCUCUCUGUGCAUGGACAGUGGCGAGACGGACGCUUUCGACGCUGCAGCCUCUUCCACAAACUCCUCCGACAUCACCUGUCUGGAUGCAAGUUUUGGCAGCGAUGCCACGGGAAAGAAGUACAAGAGCUGUGUCGAGUGUCUUGCCAAGAGCGACAAGGUGGAAGGCAGCGAGUCGGACAUUCACUGGUAUCUUUACAACGUUCGAUACGCCAUGAGUACAUGUCUGUUUGGUCUUCCUAGCGCCGCUUCCACCCAGAUGAAUUCGCCUUGCAUACUCGAAGAUGCCUGCAAGAACCUCAAGGGACCCUUGACCGAGGAUAAUCUCAAUGCCAGCCGGACAGAUACGUAUGGUUACUGCGACGCGGCCUCUGGCGCAUUCAAAGAGAAGACGGUAUGGUCAUGCGUAAAAUGUCUCCAGGCAACCUCGGAUCAGAAAUAUCUAUCAAACUUCAUGAUCGCACUCCAAGCAGGCUGCCAGCAGAAAACAGAGCCCGGCAAGACACUCAGCCUCAGCGGAUCGAUCUUCCAGAGCAGCCGCAUCAACAUCACCGAACCCACCGAGAACAUCUUGGACCGACCCGAGGGUGCUGGAAGCAACUCACUGACCACCGGCGCCAUCGUGGGCAUUGCCAUUGGCGCGGCUCUCUUCGUCCUCGGUGGAAUCGCCUUGGUCUUCAUGCACCGACGAAGAAAGAGGCAGAUUGAGAAGAACGAGAAGGCAGACUACCAUGCCAGCCAGGCCAACUCCCCCGACCCAAUCCUGCCUCCCAACGGAGGCUUCAUGUCCUCUUCCAUCCGCUCCCACAGCCAACAGAGCCAGCGCGGGCUGGACUACUUGGAAAAGCUGGACGAGGAGAGGCGGACGGGCAGACCUUCCGUCCACUCCACCAGGCCAUCCCAGAGCAGCUUGCCGCGCUACGUGCCGCAGGCUGCCGCGCAACCAUCGCGCUCCUCGGAGUUCGGGCGAUCAUCCGUGAACUAUGCGCCUUCGGCACCGGCGCCCGCAGCUCGAAGGAACCAUUCAUCCACCACGCCUGAGUCCUUCGCGCUCAAGACAUACAGCACUCAUGCCACGGCACUGGGAGAAGCUGGCGCCUCAGUACCUCCUCCUCCGCCACCCCCCCAAGAACGCCCUGCUAUGCCUUCACUUGUCGCACCGGCAAACCUGUCGAAGCUUCGGGGGCCCAAGACUUAUAUACCACCGACUAUUACGGUGACCAGCGAUGACAACCAAAGGUGA